GUCCACGUGUGGUCCAUACACACACAUUACGAUAAUUUUGGUCAUUUCGGUCUGUUGCGUUCUUUAAUGAAUUUUUUUCUAUAAUUACAAUCAAUCUAUGAUACAAAUACCAAAAAUGACAUCAAAUGAACAUUUUACUGGCAGUGGAUCAUCAUCAUCAUCACGAAAUAGAUCAUCAUCAACACAACAGCAGAAUGGUUCAAAUACUUCAAGUAGUUCAUCAUCAAACAUAUCAACCAAUUCGGGAACAAAAUCAUCGAAAUUUAUUACAAAUCAUCAACAACAACAACAACCUAAAUCAUCACCACCAAAAUGUUAUGGAUGUCAUAAACCAAUAUUGGAUAGAUAUUUUCUCAAAGCUCUAGAUCAAAUAUGGCAUGAAGAUUGUCUUAAAUGUUCGUGUUGUAAUUGUCGUCUAGGAGAAAUUGGUUCAACAUUAUUCACUAAAGCUGAUCUUAUUCUAUGUAAACGAGAUUAUCUUAGAAUGUUUGGCGCCACUGGAUUCUGUUCAUUAUGUAAUAAACAAAUUCCAGCAUUCGAAAUGGUCAUGCGAGCAAGAGGUAAUGUUUAUCAUCUGGAAUGUUUCAAAUGUGAAGCCUGUAAUCAUAGAUUUUGUGUUGGUGAUCGAUUCUAUUUGCAUGAUAAUAAAAUAUUAUGUGAAUAUGAUUAUGAAGAGCAGAUGGCAUUGAAUCAAAUUCAUCAACAACAACAACAGCAGCAACAACAACAACAACAACAACAAAUACAUCCAUAUUAUCAUACCUUAACGAAUAUAACAGCAACCGAAUUACACCCACCAUUGCAACAACAACAACCACCACCAUCAUCAUUUCCAUCAAUUUUAUCAAAAUCUCCUGCUCAUCAUCAUCAACAUCAACAUCAUCAUCAUCAUCGUCAACAUCAGCCAAUGCAACAUGAUCCAUCAAUAUUAAAUCAAUCUACACUUCUUGAUUUAUCGGAUUGUAAAAUGAAAAUUAAAAAUUAUUUAACACCAUCGCCACCAUCACAACAACCUCUACCAUCAGCAUCAACGGUUGGCUCAUCAACAACGAUGCUAAAUAAUGGACCAAAUGGAUUCUAAGACAACAUAAUAAUAAUCAUUGUUUUUGAAUCAAUCCUUCUUUUUUUUCAUUAUAGUUGUUGUUGUUGUUAUUGUUGUUUUUAUUCAUCAUUCAACUUGAAUCCUACGGACUUUGAAUGGGGAAAAAAAUCAUAAUGAACCCUUUAACAUAACAUUUAUUUUGGCCGGAAUAAACCGGGUUUCUUUUUUUUGGCUUCAAUCUCAUUUUUUCCUUUUAAAUUGAAUAUAGAAAAAUGUUCGAAAUAAACGUUUAUAUCAUUUUAGAAA